ACUCUUAUCUAUGACAGUGGUGGUGGUGAUAAGGAAAGUUGCGACACUCGUCAUUGUUUUGGUGGCUUCAAGAGGUGUGUGGACCAGUUGUCAACAACCCUUCAUUAUUUUCCACAUUUUGCAAAUAGAUAUGGUAGGGGCAGUGAGGAGGGUGGUGGUGCUGAUGAUGCUGGGACUUUGUGCUGGCGAAUACAUCAGGAAGAGUAUUCUCUGUGAUGACAUUGAUGCCAUUUGCGAGUAUAAUGGUUAUCCUGAUGAGAACAACAAAACAUCCUGUGGCAACGAUCAGGAAGAGUUUCUCAACCCUGUCAUCUGCAACUGUGGCACCAAGUGCAUUGAUAAUCUGAAAGAGGGAGACAGCUGUGUUGUAUCAUCCCCAGUACAAUAUCCUCGUGAGUUGUGUGGGCCAGGCCUGGAGUGUAUCCCCGACGACCUCACCAAGCCUGAUGAUGCUCAUUGCAUCAGAAACCCAGCAAGGCCAUGUAUUAAUGAGAGGCUAGAAUAUGAGGCAGACAAGGCAGCAGGAACGUUGGGCCCCGGUCGCUAUAAACCCAACUGUGAUGAGUAUGGUAGAUACGCCCCCAAGCAGUGCACGCCCGCCAGCACGUGUUACUGUACAAACUCUGACGGCAUGAGACUGUUUGGGGAAGGACCCAUUACUGACCAAGAAAAAAUUAACUGUGAAUGUUCAGCUUACUGGGAUGAAACAAAGAAAAAGGGAUUAAACUUUGGCCUGAGGUGUUUGCCUAAUGGUAACUUUGAUUCACUGCAGUGUUUUGAUGACAUUUGCUUCUGCUAUGAUGCUGUCAAUAUGACUGUCCUUGUUGGACCUCUGCCCUUCAGCAUGUUGCUCAACAUGCCAUGCUAUGACCCUACAAUACACAACCCAGAAUACCUCAACCCAUGUCACAAGGCACAGGUAGAGUGGGACAGUCAAGGUGACAACGACUCUAUCAUCGUAGGAGAAAAUUCUCGACCAAUCUGCAGUCCAGAUGGAUAUUAUGCAGCCGUACAGUACCAUGGUCCAGAUGCCUACUGUGCAGACAUAAAUGGGAAUCAGAUUGAAAAUUUUACUCAACCUAUUUACUUGGCAACUGAUAUGAAAUGUUGUAAGUGCAUGCUACUGGCUGUGUGCAGAAUUGUUGCAAUUGUUGACUGGUUGAGCCCCAAGGAACUUCUGAUCGGGAUAGAAGUUUCACCCUUCUCUGCCUGCUUACGGGCACGAGGGCGUUACAUCAUGGAAGAAAAUGGUCUGGGAGCUAGUAAACCAAUAUGUCUUGGCGACGGGCACUAUCGGCCUUGGCAGACACGAGGACUAAUGGCUUAUUGUGUUGAUGCCAAUGGAAACCAAAAAGGAGAGGAGUUUCCAUUUACAUCUUUGGAGGACCAACACUGUGAUGUAAAGACUUCUAAAUAGGAAAGAAUUUUAUUUCCUGGUCACUGAGUCACACAUCUAAUAUUAGAAUCACAAGUUUUAGAAUGAUUCUCUUUGAUACUGCAGUAAUGUAUUCAUUCACCUAAAUACUAGAAACAUUCGAUGGUAUAGUAGCAAUACAGGGUACUUGUAUCCUUUAGAUAGAGUAUGUGAGAAUUUUUUUAGGUAAAUUUAUUGAACUAAUUAUAUUAGCACAAGUUUCAACAUAAUGUACUGUAUAUACAAGAAGUUACAUUGUAUAUAAAAUUUAUCUUUUUAUGAAAUUAUGAGCAAGUGGAUGCCUGCCUCACAUGCUGUCACAUGUACCACAAGCACCAAAAAUUGUCAUAUCCAACUCUUUGGAGAAAAGAAUUUCUGAACUCUUGCAAUAACCUGCCAGAGAAUGUUGUGAUGGCACCGAGUGUAAGUUCAUCUAAGACCAGACUUGACCAACACUGGUGCAUUAUUAGAUACUUUCUAGUCAGUACACGCCAACAGUAUGUAACAGAGAAAUGACUGACUGCCAGACUGGCUAGAGCUGACCAGUGGUGAAGAGGAUAAAGUAAAGUCAGCUGAUGGCACUUGUAUAAUGUGGGCAUGGGUAGUCCACCAGAGGCAUAGGAAGAACACUGACCCUAAAAGUUGAUGAUGACUGCUGGAUGCAUUACUUUACGAAAGUUGUGGUUUCUCUACUCAAAUAAUGUUAAAUACAUGCACAAAUAGGUUGUGAACUUAUCAGAAAUAUUCAGCUUGAAUACAUUCAUGAAUCAUCAUUAAUUUGGCUAGGUAGUUAUAAACAGGCAGUUGGUACCGACAAAAAAAAAUCUAAAAUUUUGAACCAAACUUAACAGGAGAUUAGACACUUCAGUUGAUGAACACCAAGGUUUAGUAACACCUAAAAUGAUAGUACAUUUAUACCAUGGAUAGUUAUUUUUAACAAAGACAAAUUGUCCAUUUAAUUACAGUAUUCACCUUAGUCUGGUACUGUAGUGCACUGUAUAAAUAGGAUUCACAUUAUACACAGCUAAAUUUUUUUAAUGUAACUAAAAUCAUUAUGAUCUUACGGUUGAAGCCUUAAGAUGAACAUACUGUUACUUUUACUUAAUCAGUAAAUUUCAAAAAUUAUACUUUGUAUAUGAAGCAAAACAAAGCAAGAGAAUUUAAGUUAAACACAAAUUUAUUUCAACCAUAUACAACAUACAAUGUUACAAGUUUUAAUAAAAAGAUGAUUUUCA